GUGAGGAGUUGGUUCAAAGUCACGUCGAGAGUUCACCACCCACUUCUUCUUUCGGGAAGGGUCUUUGGGGAACCUGAACAGCUGUUUGCCUGUGCUGGUUGAAUUGGAGCAGUUCGGAGCGGAGCAGCCACCCAUUGCGGACCCCGAGGAGCACGUUGAAAUGUUUACCGUGGAGGCGCUGUAAGCUGUGGACCUGAAUAACUGCUGACAAAUAAAUUAUCAACCGUCAAAGUAAUAACCAACUGUAUUCAAAUUAUACAACAAGUACGCAACGAGAAAGGGCUCCGCAUAGAGCAGCUGACAAUGAAACCCAUUGCCAGAUAGUUAGCUAAGCUAGCGAGUUUUCCGGUUACCGCUAGCCGGAGGCAACUGCACUAAACGUGUCAGGCACGAGUAAGAGCUAUUUGUUCCCACACGUUAACAUUGAAAGAAACAUGGCAUCCUCUCUGGUAGUUCCAGUGAUUGAUGUUCAGAAUGAUAAUUUCAAAGAGCUUUGGCCUGCAAUGGUGCUGGCGAUUAAGACGUCCUCAUUUGUAGCACUGGACACGGAGCUGAGUGGUCUUGGGAACAGGAAAUCGUUGCUGGCUGAAUCUAUAGAGGACAGAUACAAAGCCAUCUGCCACGCAGCUCGCUCCCGCUCCAUCCUCUCCCUGGGCUUUGCCUGUUACAAGAAACUGGACAACAAGGCUGCAGACACAUACCUGGUCCAGGUGUAUAACCUCACACUGUUAUGUUCAGAGGAAUACAUCAUAGAGCCCCAGUCAGUCCAGUUCCUGGUACAGCAUGGAUUUGACUUUAACAAGCAGUAUGCCCAUGGAAUCCCUUACUGCAAGGGCAAUAAUAAGGGAGGAUCAGAUGACAGAGGGGUCAACAUCCGAGCCUUAUUCACAGAACUGCUGCGUGCUAAGAAACCCCUGGUGCUCCACAAUGGUCUCAUAGACAUGGCCUUCCUUUACCAGAGUUUUUAUGCUCAUCUGCCUGAGCGCUUGGCUACCUUCACAGCCGACCUGUCCGAGAUGUUUCCUGCUGGCAUCUACGACACCAAAUAUGUCACUGAAUUUGAACUGCGGCUCAGUGCCUCGUAUCUGGAGUAUGCUUUUAAGAAAUGUAAGCUGGAUAACAGCCGCAGUGUUACCUCUGGGGGGAGUGGGCCUCAUGUUCAUGUAGAGUUCUGUCAGUAUGCCGGUCACAUGUCCAGCUAUGUGGACUACAGAGUGUGUCCAGAUGUGGCCCCUCCUCAGGGACAGACCAACAUCUGCCAGCGCUUCUCUGCAUUUGGCUGGUGUCUGAAUGGCACUCAGUGUCCAUUAUCUCAUGACACCGAUUUAAUCAUCCUUCAGGACGAGAAAGGCCUAGGGGAUAAGAGAAAAAAGAGGAAGAGACAGAGAGAGAAGAAGAGAGGCAAGGCAGCAGAGGGCUCCUCCAUCUUUGACGGUGCCCCCGAAAACAAAAUACCCCAUAUGGAGAUGGAUAUGGAAGAAACACCAGAUGACCAGAAAAAGGCUGAGGAAACUGUGCCUCACAUGGACAGUGACGGAAACACCCAACAGACUGAAGGAGAGAACAAAAAAACAGACAGCGAUGGAAACGGAUUGUGUGAGGACAUUACAGAUUUAGAAAAAUCUGCCACAGCUGAUGACAACGCAAACUCAAAAAACAAAACAGACAAUGGUGCAGAUAGCAGAACAGAGGAUGGAGGGAGAGAAAAGUUUAGCGACCACCCAUCUAAGACUGACGACCAGAAGAAGAAGGCUGAUGCGGGAACGCACAGGGCAGGGUUCGAUGCCUUCAUGACUGCAUACAUCUUUGCCUACUCAUGUACCGUCAUCAAAAAGGACGGAGCAGGUGGUGUGGAGGAGAAGGGGCACCAGAAGGAGGAGGAGCAGUCGUGGCUUCCUACGUGUCUCAAUAAGGUCUACCUCAGUGGCAAGGCUGCUCCUCUCAACGUGGUUAAAAGCACCUUCUCUAAAUCAUCCAAAGCCCACGUGCAGAAGAUGGAGAUGGUGUGGGGAGGAAGAAUGUAAUGUGCAUACAUGCGCACAGCGGGGACAUUACAGAGUAUGCAUGUGCAGGAUGAUAUUUGAAUCUUGUUGCCAUGCUAGUCUAUACUCAAACAUGCAUUAGCAGAGUGUCACCGAGUUGCUAGCCUGGCUGUAGACUCUUGAUCUUACUGCUGGUGUGUAUCUACCAUCCUCAAAGACCCACCAGCAUGACAGUGAUUUUUGUUUUAAGAAGAGGGGAAUGGUCAGUUUAUGUUCAUGGCAAAAAUGUCAGCGACAGCACAGACAAUCUAGGGAGAUAAGUCUUUUUUAUCAUUUUGCUCUGUUUCUUAAUCUCCUAUCUUGUUUUAUUUGUUUAGCAGUCUUCUGUGGAAAACUGUAGGAUUUUGAAACCAGCGGUGAACUGCAAUGCAGAGGCAUCUGUUCUAAUUUAGUAUUUCUAAGGUUUCUCUGGAAGCAGCCAAAAGGAGAUGGUGUUUGAUAUGUAUUGAUCCUACAGUUCAGAUUUUGUACACUCCUUAGCAGUGUUUAUUUUGUCUUUAUUUGAUUUUCUGGGGUCACCCAGAGUUAAGAGAACGAGAUAUGGAACAGCCUGUCCAGAACAAGAAUCCCUGUCUAUAACAAGUUAGAUAAAUGAGCAUUAUACACACACAGUUUGAAUUUAUGGAUAAAGGUAUGUUGUAAACGCAAAUGAUGCUGUAGAAUGGCUGUGUGUGUUAAGAUUAGACUGUAUAGAUCAGUUAAAAUGAAGUGUAUAGAAUUCUUAAAUCAGGAGCAUCAACUGUACAAAAAGUUCUAAUUAUUAAAAUAUGUUUUGAGUAUC